AAUAAACAUAUUAUAUUAUUAUAAAUCAAUUGUUCAGUCUAGAAAAUAGUUAACGUGUCUACAGCUGUACAGCUCAGUGAGGCUGUACUUACAGAGGUGCUUUGAGCUAAAUGCUAACACUAGCAUAUUAAGAUGCUCACACCGACAGUGCUAACAUGUAGCUGGUGAAAGGUUCACCAUGUCCACCAUCUCAGUGUUAGCACGGUGCGGUAGCCAGUUAGCAUUCAACACAACGUACAGCUGAGGCUGAUGGGAAUGUUAUUACGUUUGCAGGCAUUUGGACCUGAUGAUGGCGUGAGAGGUCCAUGAACGCACCAGAUGUCCCUCUCACAGAUGUUGAGAUAUUUAACUUUGAACAGCUGGUGGCACCAAAAAGUGACCAUCCAUUAACAUAAUAGCUAAUUAACAAAAUAUCAAUUCUGUCAACGACUGAUCAGUUCAUUGUUUCAGUUGUAGAAGCAACUGGAACUUGAUCAGGUUUUUUUAAAUAAAUGAGAGUGUGUCAGUCAAUAUAGAUUCAACAGUAAGAUCAAGGGACAGCAAAAAGAAAGACAGAAACUCUAAAUUAAAAAUAAACUGCUCAUAUACUGUCUAUUUCUAUUAAUACAGACAUGGUGUAUUAUCAAAUCUAACCACUGCCUUUCUAUUCUCAAACACCUAUCAUGGACAUAUGUGAUGGGUGAGGUAGCGUGAGAAAACGAUGCCACAAACAAGAGGUUAGUUCUGAAAUAUGUCAGAGUUAACCUCCAGAUUAAUAGAAAAGGGAAGUGACAGGAGCUUCACACUGAUGCUGCUUUAACUUCAGGUUGCAUUGAGGGAGCGUUGCCGUGCUGAACCGUCUCCUCAGAGCUGCCGUCAGCGAUCAGAUGGAUUACACACCGUACUCUCCUCCUCCAGAUAACUGCUCCUUCUCCUCUGGUUUCUCCCUCUGUUCCACUGCCGCCACGAGCAUCUUCCUCCCCUCCGCCUACGCACUCCUCUUCCUCACCGCUCUCCCGGGCAACACGCUUUCCUUGUGGGUGUUCCUGCGCUGCAUCUCCACCACCUCCCCAACCCACGUUUAUCUGUCCCACCUGAGCAUCUCCAACCUGCUGCUGUCCCUCACCACGCCCUUCCUCGCCGCCUACUACGCCUGGGGCUCGGUGUGGACGCUGAGCGGCGUCCUGUGUCAGCUGGUCCUGCACGGCAUCACGCCGAUGCUCCACAUCAACAUCUACAUUAGCCUCAUGAUCCUCACCUGGGUGGCCCUCAGCCGCUUCGCAGCCCUCAUCCAGCGAACUCACGCCUCCAGGCCCAGCGUCUGCAAAACGCUGCUGCCGCACGGCUUCUUCACCCGCCUCAGCAGGGCCUCGUUUGCCAGCAGGGUGUGUGCCACGGUGUGGGUGUUGGCAGUGGGCGCCUGCGUGCCAGUGGCGGUUUACUACUCAGUGAAUGAAGCUAUGAGUGCGAAGGCUGCUGCACCCGGCGGGGACGGAGAGGCGGAGGGAGGUGGAAGUGCGGAGGUGUGCUACAACCCUGAGGUGGAGAUAGGAGGCCCUCUGUCUGCGGCUUUCUGUGCGAUUGCUAUUUUCAUGUUCUUCUUCUUCUACCUGCUGGUGCUGCUCUCCUACAUGACGGUGCUGAGGCACAUCAGACGCUCACGCCGCAACACCGUCAUCGCCACCUCCCAGGGGCUGCUGGGUAGGGUGUUCCGAAACAUCGUGGUCAUCCAGGUUGUUCUCUCAGUUUGUCUGCUGCCGUAUCACAUCUUCAAACCCGUCUUCAUCUCUCUGGCCCUUCACCACCAUCAGCGGACAAAUCCAGCUGCCUACAACAUCUGGAGCCCCUGUCAUCCUCUCUCCACCUUCGUCGAGGUGAAGAACUGUCUGCUUCUUCUGGCUGCACUGAGAGGAUCCACUGACCCUGCCAUGUACUUCCUGUUAGACAAGACCUUCCGUCGACAAACGCUUGUACUUUUAGAAAGCAGCCGCAGCAGCCCUGGAAGCCGAGCGGCAGGAAGUCCCGGUCAGAGGGCGGAACAGCUGGGGGACGGGAACACGGCUACAGCUACUGCGGACUUAAGUCAUGAAAGUGUUUUGUAGCUUUGAAAAGAAGAGUGAUUUUUAAAAUGCGUCAUGUGGAGUCAAAGUAAAAACUAUGGAGCAGCAGGGACGUCACAGGAACAGCAAUAACGUAUUUACUUCAUUUCAUACUUUAACAGGCAUUAAAAAUUGUAAAAACAAUUUUUAGUUUAUUAAAUUAUUGAAAUCAAUAAAUAAUAAUAAUAAUCAAUAAAAACUUCAGAUUUAAAAAUGGAUUUAGAAAAACAGCAUAAAACCAUCAUUAAAUAAACCUCUUAACAUUUAUUAAUUCAUGAAUUAAUAAUAGAAUUUGAAAAGACAUUUUAACAAUUUGCAAAAUCUCCAUUUCCUUUUUCCAGAUGCUUUUCCAAUUAGCUAAUCGAUUAGCUUAGCCAUUUAGCUUUUGCCCCUCUGUGACACUCUGGGCCUUCAGUGCUGGUAAAUAUGAUGAGACUGGUUAGCUCCAACCAAUCAGAGAGCUUGUUACAUCACCAUUUAGAGAGAUUUAAAAAUGAAAACGUAUAUGAGUGUGGACGUAGCCUCUCUGUGCUGCGGUCUGUUUGUAUUAGCUGUUAGCUCUGUUUGAAAGCCACAGAGCACCAGCAGGUCUGGGAUCAGCUGUCGGGUGCAUUAAAUAAGACAUUUUUAAAAAGCCGCGCGGUGGAUGUAACAGAGCAGAAGUAAAGGUUUUUUAUCUCAGGAUCUACUAUAAUAAGAAUAAAACAUAUGCCGCAU